UGGUCAGGCAGCCCCGGCCCCGGCCCAAGUCCUGUCCGCGCUCCGGAAGGGCGCCCCCCCGCCACGUGGGACCCGGUCUCCACGAGAGGCAACAUCCUGCACCUGGCUGGGAGGGACUCGGACGAGACCUGGGACACCAGGACGCCAAGGAUGGACACCAACAGGGGCCUCCCAGCCAUCGAGAGCCACAGGGACCUCCACAUAUGGAUCACUGAGGACCUGAAGAUGGUGCCGGUCCCCGAGCGGGCUUAUGGGAACUUCUUUGAGGAGCACUGCUACAUCGUCCUGCACGUCCCCCAGAGCCUGAAGGCCACGUCGGGGGUGCCCAAAGACCUGCACUACUGGGUCGGGAAGGAGGCAGGUUUGGAGGCGCAGGGUACGGCGGGCUCCUUCGUGCAGCACCUGCAGGAGGCGCUGGGUGGUGCCACCGUGCAGCACCGCGAGGCGCAGGGCCACGAAUCCGCCUGCUUUCGCAGCUACUUCCGCCCUGGAAUCAUCUACCGGAAGGGAGGCCUGGCCUCUGCCCUCAAGCACGUGGAGACCAACGUGUACAACAUCAAGCGACUGCUGCGCAUCAGAGCAGGGAAGCACGUGUCAGCCAGCGAGGUGGAGCUCUCCUGGCACAGCUUUAAUAAGAGUGACAUCUUCCUGCUAGACCUGGGCAAGAUGAUGAUCCAGUGGAAUGGGCCCAAAACCAGCACUGCCGAGAAGGCGCGGGGCCUGGCCCUGACCCGCAGCCUCCAGAACAGGGAGCGUGGUGGCCAUGCACAGAUUGGCGUGGUGGAUGAUGAGGCUGAAGCCACUGACCUCAUGCAGAUCAUGGAAGCUGUGCUGGGCUGCAGAGUGGUCAAUCUGCACACCGCCAUGCCCAGCAAGAGUAUUGACCAACUGCAAAAGGCCAAUGUCCGCCUCUACCAUGUCUACGAGAAGGGCAAGGAUGUGGUGAUCCAGGAGUUGUCGACCUGCCCUCUGGCCCAAGACCUACUGCAGGAGGAGGACUGCUACAUCCUGGACCAGGGUGGUUUCAAGAUCUACGUGUGGCGGGGAUGCAUGACUAGCAUCCAGGAGAAAAAGGCUGCCUUCAGCAGGGCUCUGGGCUUCAUCCAGGCCAAGGGCUACCCGAGCUACACCAAUGUGGAGGUGGUGGACGAAGGCGCCGAGUCGGCCGCGUUCAAGCAGCUCUUCCGAUCGUGGUCUGGGAAGCAGCGCAAGAACAAGCACCUCCGCGGAAUGGGUAAAUUACUUCAGGUGAAACUGGACGUGGGCAAGCUGCACAGCCAUCCUGAGCUGGCGGCCCAGCUCAGGAUGGUGGACGACGGCUCUGGGAAGGUGGAGGUGUGGUACAUCCAGGACUCAUGCAGGCAGUCCGUGGGCCCCACGCAUCACGGACAGUUGUGCGCAGGCAACUGCUACCUUGUUCUCUACACAUACCAGAAGAUGGGCCUCGUCCAGUACAUCCUGUACCUGUGGCAGGGCCUCCAGGCCGCCUCACAUGAGAUCAAAGCCCUGAAGGGCAACGCCGAGGAGCUGGACCUCCAGUACCACGGAGCGCUGGUGCAGGAGCACGUGACCAUGGGCAGCGAGCCCCCUCACUUCCUCGCCAUCUUCCAGGGCCAGCUGGUGAUCGUCCAGGGGAGCGCUGGGCACAAUGGGAAGGGGCAGCCAGAGUCUGCCACAAGGCUCUUCCACGUACGAGGCACCGACAGCUACAACACCUGGACCCUGGAGGUGCCAGCCCGUGCCUCAGCCCUCAACUCCAACGACAUCUUCCUGCUGGCCACAGCUGGCCUCUGCUACCUCUGGUUUGGGAAGGGCUGCAGCGGUGACCAGCGUGAAAUGGCACGGACAGUGGUCACCGUCAUCUCCAGGAAGGACAAGGAAAUGGUGCUGGAGGGUCAGGAGCCUCCCCACUUCUGGGAGGCCCUGGGGGGCCGGGCGCCCUACCCCAGCAGCAAGAGGCUCCCCGAGGAUGUGUCCGACUUCCAGCCACGACUGUUUGAGUGCUCCAUCCAGACGGGCCCCCUGGUCCUCACGGAAGUGGUGUUCUUUAGCCAAGAGGACCUGGACAAGUAUGACGUCAUGUUACUGGACACCUGGGAGGAGAUCUUCCUGUGGCUGGGGGCAGCUGCGAGCGAGUGGAAGCAGAAGGCCGUGGCCUGGGGCCGGGAGUACCUGAAGACCCACCCAGCAGGGAGGAGCCUGGCCACGCCUAUCGUGCUGGUCAAGCAGGGCCACGAGCCUCCCACCUUCACUGGAUGGUUCCACACCUGGGACCCCUACGAAUGGACCAACAAUCAGUCUUAUGAGGACGUGGUGGAGGGCGGCCUGGGAGCAGUAUCUGCCAUCUCAGAGAUAACCGCACAGGUCAGCAACUUCCGGCUGUCCAGAUGGCCAAGCAAUGGCAGGGCAGGCCCGUUGGCCCUGUGGGCCCUCAAGGGCUCCAAGGACAGCUCCGAGAACGAGCUGGAGCUGGGCCCCAAGGCGGGCAGCGGCCGCAGGAGCACCGGCAGCAGCCCCAGAUCCGUGGCCAGCGGGAGCCUGCCCCGAGAACAGCUGAGGCACCAGGCUGUUGAGGACCUGCCGGAGGGUGUGGACCCGGCCCACAAGGAGUCCUAUCUCUCAGACUCUGAUUUCCAAGAUACCUUUGGGAAGUCCAAGGAGGAGUUCUGCGGCAUGGCCAAGUGGAGCAAGCAGCAGCUCGGCUUCUUCUGAACCCCGGCCCUGCCGGCUCCAUCUACGCGGCCAAGACGCCUGCCUGCGGGCACCUCCCCUACACACAUAUGAGCCCC